UCAUUCUAAUAAUCUCCAUGCUCCGGGUGCUCACAGAUCUGGGCUUGUGGGUCCCCAUGCAUUAGACUGGGUCUAUAUGUACCCGGGUGCAUGGAAACAUCUCAACAGUGCCCCCGCCGUCUGCAAAAGCCUCUGCCGCUUCUCCAUUUCCGCCGGAGCGAAAACUCCGGUCGCUCGCCGUCGAGGAAGAAGCAACGAACGAGGGUAUCGAACCGUGCACAGCUCACCCAUCAGACGGUACAAUCCCAUCUGCAGAAGCAAUUCCGGCUAUACUCUGAGUCUAAGAUCAAUCUCUCAUGUCACAACUUCCGGCUCGUCUUCGAAUCGUCGAAUUCUCGGCUUCCCAGCAAGCUCGAGCAGUAGAUUUGACCCAUUUCGUUGUCGGCCGUUUUGCUCAGAAACAGUUCAGUUGAGCCUAACAAGGCCCGAUUCCGAUAGUCGGGAUGUGCCCGGCGAGCGUUUCUAUGGAGACGCCGACAAGUUGUUCAAGACUGUCAUGGACAACUCCCGCCCUCACGAUCCCAUGGAGAGCGCCCUCGAUCGGGCCGAGGUCGGUUUGAGCACCGAGCUGGUGCUCGAGGUGCUCCGGAGGCUCCACUUCGAGGAGAAGACGGCCUUCAGGUUCUUCACUUGGGCGGGGCGGCGGGAGUUCUACGAGCAUGAGCCUAAAGCCUACAACGAGAUGAUCGACAUACUGUCGAGCACGAAGUACAAGGCGAAGCAGUUCCGGAUCGUGUGCGAUGUGCUCGAUUAUGUGAAGAGGAGUGGGAAGAGGGCGGUCCCCGUCGAGACCCUCCUGGGGAUGAUGAGGAGUUACACCGAGAAGCACCUCACCCAUCUUCAGAAGUUCGCGAAGAAGAAGAGGAUAAGGGUGAAAACUCAGCCCGAGAUCAACGCUUUUAACUUGCUAUUAGAUGCUCUGUGCAAGUGUAGUUUAGUCGAGGAGGCUGAAGAGUUGCUGAGGAGAGUUAAGGCGAAGGUCAAGCCCGACUCGAACACGUACAAUGUGCUGUUCUUCGGGUGGUGUCGGGUGAGAAAUCCGACACGGGGGAUGAGAGUCCUGGAGGAAAUGAUCGACAUGGGCCUCAAGCCUGAUAAUUUUACAUACAAUACUGCGAUUGAUACUUUUUGUAAGACGGGGAUGGUGGAUGAGGCAGUGGAGCUCUUUGAGUUCAUGCAGAAUAAGGGCUCCACUAUGUCCUCUCCGACUGCAAGGACUUAUGCGAUCAUGAUUGUCGCCCUUGCACAGAAUGACCGGAAGGAGGAUUGGUUCAGGUUUCUGAGGGACAUGAUAAGCAGCGGGACCCUCCCUGAUGUUUCAACGUACAAGGAAGUGAUAGAAGGAAUGUGCUCGGCGGGUAAAGUAGAGGACGCGUAUAGAUUCCUUGAGGAAAUGGCGAAGAAUGGGUACCCUCCGGACAUAGUCACUUAUAAUUGCUUCCUCAAGGUCCUCUGUGAGAGCAAGAAGAGCGAUGAGGCACUUAGGCUUUAUGAUAAAAUGAUCAAAUCAGGCUGCAUGCCCAGUGUUCAGACAUUCAAUAUGCUGAUGGAGAUGUUUUUCAAAAUGAAUGAACCCGAGGGGGCAUUUGAGGCUUGGGGCGAGAUGGAGAAGAGGGGCUGUGAACGAGAUCCUGAAACUUAUUGUGUGAUGAUUGAUGGGCUUUUUGGGUGCAAUAAGGUGGAGGAGGCAUGCUUCCUUUUGGACGAGGUUAUAAGCAGAGGGAUGAAAUUGCCUUACCGGACAUUCGAUUCUUUUAUGAUGGAGCUCUCUGUGAUAGGCAAUCUUCAGGCCAUUCACCGGCUCUCGGAGCAUAUGAGGAAGUUCUAUAAUCCUGCUAUGGCGAGGCGAUUCGCAAUGAAUCAGAAGAGGAAGAGCACGAGUUUGAGAGGGAAGUAGGAACUUGAUCUCAUCUCAGCCUAGCUAUUAACAACAAGAUCUCCUCAACCACUUUAGACAUUCCCAUUCUGAGACUGUCUAUUGAAUUCCCAGAAAGGCAAGUUUCAAUUGUCAGCCGGCAGAAUUAAACUAAUCCAUCUGUGUGGCAAGAAGAGGUUGGAGCGGACAAUUUCUUGACAAGGCCAACUUUACAUCCGGUGUUUCGAGUAAGGGCAAUUCUGGUCCUCGGCCCGAAGCAGGCCCAACAUCGGCCCGGCAUGAGCCCACUCUGACAAACAGGCCCGGCCUCAGCCCGAGAGUGCCGUGGGCUUCUCAGUAACGAGCCCUACUCAUAAAAGUGUGCGAAAUCAAUCAGCGAAACGUCGCGGCAAAAAUUUUCCGUUUUAAGCCAUCGCUUUGUCCUGGGUGAGUGUGUGCGAGAGAGCUCUGGAGAAGCGCGAAUGGCGGCAGAUAGACGGACAAGCUCCGCCAGUCAUGGAGCAGCACAAUGUGCGUCGAGUUUAUGUCGGCCGGAGAUGUUGCGCGACUUCGGUGACAGCUGUCUCGAUGAAAUGGCUGGCUGCAUCAGAUUAAUGUUCGAGUUUCUCAAUGAUCCCGAUCGAGAAUCUCUUCUACGGUAUACCUCUUGCCUUCAAUUAAACUGUGCAAUUAUUUCUCGCUUUCUGUUUGCUGGUACAUUUGCUGGCGUAUGAAAUGUAAUCUCUCUUUUGGAUUAUCAGAUAGCAGCAUAUCUGUACUUUAUUCAUUCGCUUUUGGAGUAAUAUGUGGAAACUUUAUUAAAUGGGAUACGUAAUGUAGUUUUUUUCUUUUCUUAUGUUCUUUAAUCAUCAACUGAGAAUUAUGCCAUCUCUUCUUUUCUUGCUAUAGAUCAGAUUUCAGUUCAGUUGAAAAAUUAAGUUGGGAAAUGAUUAUUCAUAAUUGUUAGCUUGAAUUCAAGGGGACAAUUCGUGUUGGCAGUCGUAUAGGCUUCUCAAUUCGUUGUGAGGUCUGAUUUUGCACAUGGAAUGUCAUGUUCGUCCGUUCGGCAUAGCAGUUAUUUUCAUGUAUGAGAUAAAAUUAAUAUGUUUCCAGAUGUCCUAUUUAACCCAUUGUUGCACUUAUACAGUUAAAGGAGAGGAUUUACAUACUUCAAUUCAAUAAAUCUUCAACUUUCACUUGCGUUAUCCAUACGAUUUCCCACAUUUUCUGAAAAGCAGCUUAUAAUCUUCCUAGUAUCAGUCUCAUCCAGUUACUACCGAAUGUCAUGCAUUCAUUUUGUCCACCGACUCACUCCUAAAAUUUAUUUUUUCUACACCAACACCUAAAACGUGUUGAGCCAUUCAAACUGUGGAUUUGUUAACAUCUUUACGCUUUUCCUUCAUUGCAAAUAUUCGUUUAUUCCAUAUCUAUAUGCCGACAUCACUUUGUUACUUUAUGUUUGACCUUUGUACCCCCUUGCUGUUCUCUAUCAAGGUUUUAGGUGAAUAUAAAGAUGGCCAUUUCCCUGCUAUGAGUAGCUUAUUAACAUGCAGGAAGCUAAAAUGAAGCUGUUGCUUCAUCAUGCAGUGGCAUACCAGUUUAAGGUAACAUGUCACGGGUUAUAAAUUUCUCACAGAUCUGAUGGGGAAAUAAGGACAAUAAGUGGCUGUAAAAUCCAAGUAAUUUCUGAAUACGUGAUGGCUAAUCUGUCGCUAGAUCACUUGCAGCUAGUAUCUUUUCCCCCACUAGUGAGUAUCAUUGGCUUUUGACUCAUCUCAUGUAAAUUAAUUGGAUACAGCGAGAAGAUUGACAGUGCUGAUGUUCCUUCAUCUACACGUAUAUGCUUUGUAAUCAUUUCUCGCUUGGGUGGAAUACACCGUGGCACCUGCAAUUGGAGCUCAUAAUUCGGAAAUUGGCAGUUGAUUAUGAUAUGAAUGCAUCGUCAUUAUAGUGGAAUUUCGUUCUGAGAUUCUGCCGACGCCUUUGAGUAAUUUUGAAGAUACCGUAUGCGCAUUAUUUUUCCAUGAUGCUAAUUGAGAGGGUUGUUAUAAAGAUAUACACUUCUUUAUCGGAAAGUCUUAAAUGCGACAAGAUGUUGUGAUCAUGUUGGACUAAUGAAUAUUGCGUCAAUAUCUACACUUGAGCCGAAAGAAAUGGCAUUUUAGUGCACCUGUUCUUCGUGCUAUUGAUAGAUCUCCUACUGUGAAAAAGAUUUCUUCAACUGUAUGUCCAAUUUGUCAGUGGCAGGUCCGUAUAUUAUUAAUUCAUCGAAAUUUUCAUGAUUUCUACAGGCACUUUUUUCUUUGGGACAUCGAUAUCAAAAUUCAAUAGGAAUUCUAUGUGGCAACUUCAACUCACUAUGCAACACCGUUUACAAAGGCAUUGCGUCCUGUUAGAAGUGAAAAGAAAGGGGGCAAAGGAAAAAGACAUUCUAUAUUAAUCCCGAAGCCAUGUACUGAAAGGGUGUGUUUUGGUGACCAGCCUUGAGGUACACAUAUACGAAGCAUGAAGUACUUGCCGGUUAUGACACUAAUUUUUUGUGCUAAUUCAGGGUUUCAAGUUAUGGAUAGGGCAGACUGCCAAAAUAGAGGAUAAAAAUAUGAUAAUUUCUGUGGAUUCUUGUUUGCUUGCAAGUGGAAGAAGACUAAUAAGUCGCUGUACGAGCAGAACCAGCUGAUGCCUUAACUUAUGCCGGAUCGGGAGAUUAAAUCAGUAGACCAGUGAUUGAACAACAGAAGUAGGUGAAACUGGUGAACAGUCGAUGGACAGGAAGAGUUUUGUAUCGCGCACAAAACAGCAGUAUACUGUCGGCGUAUCUCUGAUGACUCAAAUUAUAAUUUCAGCCGGGUUACCAACGUCUGAACUCUGAAAUCCACCAGUGCAGGGCCAACCUCGCACAGAGGGCUCGAGAAUUUUCAUUUUUUUCAUGGAAAGGUGGAAGGAGAUCGAGGAUCAUCAGGGAGAGAGAGAGGUUAUGGGCCCGCGAUGCGAUGCCAUUCCAAGGAAUGGGGAAUGUUUUGAUGUGGUCUUUGAGGGGGGAGAGAGAGAAAAGUGGGCGUGUGGUUUGUUUACAGUUAAGAAACGGUUGGGGGGCCAAUUUGUUAAAAGAUGAAGGGAAGGGGAAGGGGAAAAGGAAAACGGUUGAGUUAAGUUAGCUGACAGUAACCAAUUUUCCCUGCUGCAGACAUUUGUUGGUGAAAGACAGGAAAUAUGGAGACGACACGACGGGCUUAUGUUAUUCUCCAAUUUGGUAACUGUAAACUUUCUAAAUAAGCAAUUCUCUCUCUCUCUCUC